AUGUGGUUUCUUGGCCUUUACCUAGCCAUACUGAGUGCCACUACAGCAGCCGCCAUCCAGCUAACCGGAUAUGAAUAUGUCGUCGUGGGAUCUGGAGCAGGUGGAGGACCUCUAGCUGCACGACUUGCUCUAGCCGGUCAUAAAACGCUACUAAUCGAAGCUGGAGAUGACCAAGGCCUCAAUGUCAACUAUACUGUUCCAGCAUACUCCACCAGAGCUUCUGAAGACGGCGCCAUCGCCUGGAACUUCUUUGUUCGGCACUAUGAAGAUGAAGAGCGCCAAGCUCUCGAUUAUAAAACAACCUAUGAAACGCCUGAUGGUGGUGAAUAUACUGGUCUUAAUCCGCCAGAAGGAUCAACUAUGAAGGGCACAUUGUAUCCUCGUACUGGGACGCUGGGAGGAUGUACUGCGCACAAUGCUUUGAUCACUGUCUAUCCGCAUGAGUCUGAUUUUGAGUAUAUCUCAACUGUUACAGGCGAUGCGUCGUGGGCUCCGGAUAAUAUGCGCAAGCACUUCGAGCGACUUGAGAAUAACGGUUAUCUGCUCCCGGGAGCUGCUGGGCAUGGGUAUGAUGGCUGGUUACACGAUGAGACUGCUCCAAUCAGUCUUGUGCUAGAAGACGACCAGCUACUGAGCAUGCUACUUGGUGGUGCAUUCGCUUUGGGCAACCAGACAAACUCGAUUGUCAAUCUGGCAACUCUAGUUGCUGGAGAUGUCAACCAGGAUUCUAAGUCGCGGGAUACUAGCCCUGGUUACUAUCAGAUCCCAAUCGCUAGCCACGGCGGUCAGCGGAACGGACCACGCGAUUUCCUCGUUGCUGUUCGUGAUGCGAGGAAUCUGGAUGGCUCGAAAAAGUAUCCCCUUGAUAUCCGCACAAACUGCCACGCUACAAAAGUCACAUUUGAAAAUUCGACUGGUACUCCGCGGGCAACGGGUGUUGAGUUUCUUGACGGCCAAUACCUUUACCGCGCUAGUCCACGCUCUAGUACUGCUGGAAAUGGUAUACCUGGGAAUGUAACGGCAUCGCGAGAGGUCAUUGUUGCCGGUGGGACCUAUAACUCUCCACAGCUACUAAAGCUGAGUGGUAUCGGUCCUGCAGAUGAGCUCCAAAGUUUCGGCAUUGACGUCGUGUCUGAUCUGCCAGGUGUGGGAACCAAUCUACAAGACCAUUACGAAACAGUGGUGCAGGGCCAGGUACCUGCGAACUUCAGCAUACUGAACGGCUGUACUUUCAGCGUCGGUGGCCAGGCCGACCCGUGUUUAGAACGCUGGGAGAAUUCAAUCUUGGGUAAUCGUGGCUCCUACGCAUCUGCGGGAUUUGCAACUACCAUGCUAUACAAGAGUUCCGUGGCAGCAGACGACGACUUUGAUGCGUUUAUAUUCGGCGGCCCGGUUAACUUUCGUGGCUAUUUUCCUGGCUAUAGUGUCAAUAUCACUGAGCGCCACGACUUAUUCUCAUGGGCCAUUCUCAAAGCUCAUCCCCGCAAUACAGCCGGUUCGGUGAGACUUCGCUCUGCCGAUCCACUUGAUAUGCCCGAGAUCAUUUUCAACUACUUCGAUACUGGCAGUGGUGACUACAAAGUUGAUCUACAAGCUAUAACUGAAAGUAUUGAGUUGGCCCGCGACGCUUUUGCUCGCCAGCUUGUUGAUGUGACGGAGGUUUUGCCUGGAGUGGGUAUCACGUCGACCGUGGACAUCCAUGACUAUAUUAUGGAUACCGCUUGGGGACAUCAUGCUUCUUGUACAUGCCCGAUUGGCCGAGACGAUGACCCGAUGGCAGUUUUGGAUUCUAAAUUCCGGGUUCGCGGCGUGAGCGGGCUGCGGGUGGUGGAUGCUUCUGUUUAUCCUCGCAUUCCGGGCACUUUCACUGCUGUUUCUACCUAUAUAGUUGCUGAGAAGGCGGCGGGUGAUAUUCUAUCCUGA